CCAUGGCAACCGUGACCCACUGGGACGUCAACAUAAAAUAUCAACCGCUCAUGACUUUUUCCAGCCGAUAUUGGCGAGCUAAAGAGUCAUACUGUUACCUAACUGGUAGUAAUAUGUACGUUAUUAGGUAAUGUUGUCUGAGUUGAAAUAAUAAGAAAGAAGAUGUCGGAUAUAUUGUGCAGGUGGCUGAACGAGGAGCUCCGGCUGUCAAAAGCUGUUGACCCAAAGACCUUUGCCAAGAAUUUCUCCAGUGGUUACUUACUUGGUGAGGUUCUGCAUAAAUAUCAGUUGCAGAACGACUUCAGUAUGUUUAUGAAGAAAGACACCUCCAUCGCCAAACUGAAUAAUUUUACCCGCCUUGAGCCUACACUCCAGUUACUGGGGAUCUCCUUCGACAUAAACACAGCCCAGGAACUCAUGCAGGAGAAGCAGGGUGUUGCCACACGCCUCCUUUACCAACUCUAUGUCUCUCUUGAGAAGAUGAAGAAAGCAAAGAUCAGUGGGACAGUGAUGGAAAUCAUGCUGCCUGCAGCCAAUGCUGGCCUGCACAGAAAAGAGCAUGAGAUCUAUUCUGAUCGACUGCAUCAAGUGGUAAAACGUGAUGCAGAGCUGAAGUUACAGAAAAUUUCUCAGCAUUAUGAGGAGAAAUGCCCACAAUGGAACGACAGGUCUGUGAUGACCCAUCCCAUCCAGCCAAAGAGACAGCUCAAAGUCCAGGACAUCCAGAGAACAAAGAAUAUUGAGAAGGUUCCCAAGCCACCUCCCUACACUUCACAGCUCAACCUAAAGAGGAGACAGCAGCAGCAGAAACGCAGAGCACAACAUGCACAGACGGUCCAGACUGAAAUAGCCCGGUUUGAGACGAACAAGAAAAAGGUUAAUUAUGGUUUUGCUUCCUCCUCAAGUGGUCAGCCCUACCCUGGAGAUUUACCCCUUGGGGUUGGCAGUGAUGUGCCUGGAAGUGGAACUAAGCUGAUCUUACAAUCCAAUAGCAAGUAUAUACAGGAUAUCCGACAGAGGCUGCAGGAGAAUGCUGUAGCUCGUGAGCAGAGAGAGAAAAGACGAGGCAGAUUCCUGGUGGAGCAGCUCAAGGCUCAUGAAGCUCAAGAGGAGGCAGGGCGAGAAGAACUGCUGGUAAAACGUUUGACACGUCAGACUCAGCAGGAGCAGCGUUUGGCAGCUCAGCUCCUUCAGAUGCGAAUGCAGAAGGAGGUGAUCCGGAAGAACCGUCUGUUCAGAGAGCAGCAGUACCAGCAGCGCAGAGAGAGGGACUUCCAGGAAGCUCUGGAGAGGGAGGCGGCUUUGGCUCUGCAGGCUAAGUUGGAACGUGCUGAAGAGAUCAGAAUGGAGCUUGAACUCUAUAACAGGAUUGCGGCUGAACGAGCACAGAGCAGAUACAAGAAGCACUUUGCGAGCUGCAAGGACAUUUUGGAGCAAAUUGUGGACUUGGGCACCAAGAUUGGAGAAUAUCGACUGCUCACUGCGAAUUUGAUUCCAGAGAAGCUGAUGAGAGAGUGGAAGGAAUUGCUGUUCCGUGGUCUGCCUCUCUAUGAGCCAAUAACGGGCCAGCAGCCAGGGUUUGAGUUCUCUACCCCACUAGACCCUGUAGAGCUUAAGAAGCAGGAGAUACUCAACAACCAGGACUAUAAUGAAUACACUAACAUGGUAGGUGAGUGGGCAUGGCCAGAGGAAGCCGGGGAGACCAAAUUACCCCUGACCAACAACAACAUUCUUGGACACGUUGUCCUGCGGCUGAGGAACAUUGUUCAUCAGCCUAUCAUGGAACCCUCCUCGCCUUCAUUUCCUCUAUUUACCCUCAAGGCCUGUGUCCUGGGCAAGUUUUGCUCUGGCAAAACCACCUGCCUGGCCAGGAUUGCUGAAGCCCAUGGAAUCUAUGUCUUAUCAGCUGACACACUGAUUGAGGAGGCGCUGAAUGCUUACCAGAAUGGAGAGGAGGCCACAGAGCAGGAAGAGAAAGACAAUGAGCAACUGCUCACAUCCUCUACAUCACUGAAACCUGAUCUUGACACUCUAGAGGAAAGUGGAGACAGUAAUGUAAGACUGUCAACCCAGGCCAAACAGGGAGCAGCUGCAGAAAAAGAGCUGAGGAAAGGCAACGCCAUCCCUAAUGAGCUGUUAGUGGACAUGAUAGUAGAAGCUAUCAGGCAGAUUCCAGCUCAGUCAGGUUGGAUCCUGGAUGGCUUUCCUGUGGACAUCACCCAGGCUUACCUGCUAGAGAAAGCCCUGGGUGGUUCUGUAGAUGAAGGGAAUGGCAUUGAAAGCAGCAGUACAAACCUUGUUGCUGAUCCUAAUCCACCCAAAACUCCACCACCAUUAGCUCCUGUACUGGACCUUGCUCUGCUGCUGGAUAUCCCAGAUGAGUGUGUGGUCAGACAUGCAUUCAGUCAGACGGAUACUGCUGCUGCUACUGCCUCAGAUCCUACAGACAAGACCUUGUAUCUGGCACAGAUUCAACACAGGAUCACAACUUUUCAGGACACCUGGCCGAAACUAGAGAAUUGGUUUGGUGGAAAGCAAAACAUUUUGGUCCGUAUUGAUGCAGAUGUAGACGAGGAGGAGCUUUACACAAGAGUGGAGUCUGUCAUGCAGGAAGUUAGGAUGCAAACACCGGAAGCUAUUGUUGAAGAUGUAGUAUUGGACAGUGGAAAAGCUCAAGACUCCUCUUCCUCAGCCACACUUCCACCUGUAGACCAACCUACAGCCCUCACAGAUGAAGCCACUGGCCUCACAGAAUCCUGUUCCAGCUUUAAUGAGGAAAAAGGCCCAAGUGUCAAGUCACUUUCCAAGUCCAACACACACACCCCCAGAGGGCACUCUAGGAAGGCAUCAACUUCCUCAAUGACAAAUGAGGACUCUCAGGCAGUCUCCAACCCGCCUGAUUCUGCCUCUUCCCGCCCAGGUUCUUCCAGCUGGGUCUAUGUCAAUGAACCCAUUCCUCCAGAGAUCCCAGAGUACCUGUGCCCCCAUUGGGACACAGUGUGUGAUUCUUAUGUGAACAACGUAAAGACCGUGAUGCAGCAGCUGCGCUCACAACGCACCGUUAUUAACCAUCACCUAUACAACAUCAGAGAGGAGUACAAACAUUACCUGGGGCGUCCAGAUUUGAAGCAAGAGUUAGUGACUCAGUGGCAGAAGGAUAUCAACAACAUACCCGAUGAUAUGAGAGAAGACGGGGAAACCAAAGCAGAGCUACAUCAGAGACUGGAUGAACUGUGUGAACGUUUGUGGGACAUGAGUGACAAACGUAAGGAGGAGGAUGAGCAAGAGAGAGAUGCUCUCAUGGGUGAAGGCUGGUUGGAGGACCACACUGCUGUCCUCGUCAACUACCACUCUGUACUCAUGCAGGUGGAGUUGGACCGUUUCCAUGCCACUCUCUGUAUUCUUAGGGUCUACUAUUUGAGCAUGUACAGUGUUGUGCUGCCUGAGUUACCCGCCAACUUUGUUUGUAUUCCCCUGCUGGACUCCCCAGAGAUUAAGGAUCAGGACGACAGUACUGAUCUAGCGGGCGCUGGUGUGGAUGACGGAGAAGACAAGAGGAAAACUAAAUUACACCCUGACUCCUCAGUAGGGGCCUCCAAGAUGAAAGGCCAGGGGCAGACAGAAACUGUCAAGACACCCGAUGAGAAACUGAUCUUCGACUACGAGGAGGCACUCACAGCUAUCCGCAAAUUGGUGUUAGCAGAAGCCCACAAGGGGGAGACAAAAGAGCACAAGGAAAGAGUACAAGAUAAGGAGAGGGCGAAGGCCGCUGCAAGUGCAAACAAAAAGGAAAAAGGGAAGCAGUCAGCAAAAAAAACAAAAGGUCCACCAUCCCCACCUCCAGCACCCAGUCCUGCUGCUGAUGACAAAGACUCAGAGAAGACUCAUGAUCAAGAAGUAAAAAACAAAAUACACAAAGAAUAUGCAGCUGCACUGGAUCAUGAGGAAAAUGCAGCAAAGGUGCGCAUAGCGCUGGUGAAAGGACAGGGUCUGUUGAGGUUGCAGUCCGUGCAAAGCAGAGCUGAACAGACCUCAAGCAGCAUGAAGAAGUGGUUAGAAGCACACUAUGUUGCAGAAAUGAAGAGUAUUGAACAACUAUCAGAAGUGGUUCGCCACCACAUAGAGGCUGGUGCUAAGUUGCAGAAUCAGCUUGUGUUGGAAUAUACUGACUUCUACCUGAAUGGGGACUGCCACAUGGUGGCUAGCCUGCCUCCCCCUCCCCGUCCACCUGCUCUGGAGAAACCCACACAGUCCACCCCGACCAUCACUCAGCUAGAGUCACUCCACCAACAGCUAUGCACUGUUGCUGCGUCAGGCCUCAUGUCCAGUUCAGGGUUCUCCAGUUUGCUCAGGGAUAUCACCUCUGUUAAUUUGGGCAAGAACACCUUGCCUGAGCCCUGGCUUGACAAGAAUGAAACACAGUUGAUGGAGAUUGUAUCUCUGCUAACGGACGAAUAUGAGCUGAUAGACUGGCGUCAGUUUCUGCUCAGUGCUGCCCUCCCUUGGCCAUUUCCCUCCUUAACACAGCUGCUGGUUGUGUUACAACAUUUCAAAGCAGCAGAUAAUGGGGACACAGGCUAUAUAAACGAGGAACAGUACCUACAAACGGAGUUGUGGUUUUCCCAUGAGAGUGUCCAGCCUGUCCCUGAGGACCCCUCUGAGCCUCUACCUUACAAUCGCCUAUCUAACCUACGCAAGUUUUUUUUCCAGUUGUUUGCGGACCACUCUUUCUCUCCCCCUCGGCUGGACUAUGUGUACAUGCUACAGUACUUUGCAGCCGACCCUGACCCUAGACAGGGCUUCAUCAGAGCACUUAGUGUGGUGCUGGGACAACAUCUCAAGCUCUCCUCGCUGGGCCACCUUGUCAAGUCUAUGCCCAGUAUAGAGGAGGCUACAGAGCUCAGCCCCACAGAACUUGAUGGAGAAUACAAGGAAGAAGGGACUCCAGGUGCAUCAAGCUGUUCGUUGGGGGAGCAGGACGUGUCGAUCGCUGCUCUUCUUCCUGUCAUCUGCCACAAAGUCACCAAUGUGAAAGAUGACAGCCCCCUUCCUCCAGGCUGCCUGAGUCGGGAGGAGCACACUGAGCACCUGGUGCAUAUAUUCAGAGAGCUGGGCUAUAAGCCUGAGGACGGUGUCCCCUUCUCCGUUCUCUCUCAGCAUUCUUUCAUCCAGGGCCUGAUGGAGACCUCAACACACUACCAGCUUGUUGACAUUCAUAGAGUGCUACUGGCCCAUCUGGAGAAAGGAGAGGCCAGCAGCUUGACAGUUUCCUAAAGGAUAAGACAUAUACAGUACAUAUACUACUGUCUACACCACAAAUACCUCUUUCAUUUAGGAAAUACAAAAGAUGUUGCUUUGGAUAUUUUGAAGUAUUCUUAUUACAUUAAUGUUUGAAAUGUUUGCUGAAAUGUAUUGCUUACUUCAGUAUUGAAUAAAUAGAUGUGCAACCAUCA